AUGACUAAAUAUAAUAUGACAAGAAACACAUUAUUAAUUUUAUUAAUGCAAAUAAUAACCUUAUUUACAUUGAAUGCAUAUUCCAUCUUAAUUACAUUAUUAACAUUAUUAAGGACAUUACAUUUCAUUUUAUCCAUCAGGUAAUAAAAUACAUAAUCCUGUAUUAACAUCUAAUUAAAAUUCAGGUAGACAUUCAAUGCAAACAUCUUCCAUACAAUUUACACAAUUACUAAAUUUAUUAGGACAAAGAAAACAUUAUUAACUUAAUUAAUGUAAAUAAUAACCUUCGUUACAUUAAUUGCAUCCAAUUUAAUUGCAUUAUUCACAAUUUUGAGGACAUUUUAUUUAAUUUUAUCCGUCAUCACCUUUAGGUACUACAGUACAUGA